AUGUCGGGCCCAAGUUCAUCCAAACCAAAGAAGCAGCGCAAAAAUGUCGACUCUUUGGCACCCUCGUCUUCUGCCCAAGGCUCGAGCAAGAAGGCUCAAAUGUACAACACGGUCAAUGUCGGUCUCACCGUAGGGGCGAAUAUCGCCGAGGCAUCAGAUAUACUGGCUCCUCUCAAGGCAGCUUGUCUGACAACAAAAACGAUCCUCGAAGUCGCACAGGCAAACAGCAAUCAAGAGGGAUGGACAGACCUCAUGCGACGGCUCAAGGAGUACAUGUCUGCACUCAAAGAACAAAUCACCUUGUUGGAGACAUACCCCCAAGAAGACAGGGCCGUCGACGAGGCAUUCCUCCAGCCACUCAUCCAUUAUGUCGAAUUCCUCGAGACUGUGCAUGAUAUGGUCAUCGAUCUAAAGGACAAACGCAGCCGCAAGAAACUUGAUCUCUUCAAGGCGUUUACAAAGGUGAAAGUAGAUGCGGGAGAGAUCUUGAAAAUGAAUCGUGAUAUCGAGGAUCGGCAUAGGCAACUCAUGGAGGCGUUGGGUAUUUUCACUGCACUACGCGUUCAAGUUGUAGAUAAAACUACCAAAGCCACAGAAGUCAAGUUAGACGUCACAAAAGCAUACGUGGAAGCUACCAAGGCUACGGUCGAGGCUGCAGAGGUCAAUAUCGAGGCGACCAGAGUGACUGUCGAUGAGACCAAAGCGACUGUCGAUGAGACUAAGGCCACCGUCGACGCCACCAAAACAGACGUUGAAACACUUUUGACAGACGUGGAUGCACAUGCAAUCCUUCAGCUCCCAACAGUCGCAUUCGUAGCUUCUUCGGUCCACAAUCCGUGUCUACAAGGAACGCGCGAGGCGGUCCUCAACACAAUUUGGCAAUGGGCCGAUGACGAUACAUCGGACAAGCCGAUAUUUUGGCUUUGUGACAUAGCCGGCUCCGGCAAGUCGACCGUUGCAAUGACGGCGGUCGAAUCAUGGCGGAGUAAGGGAGUGCUGGGCGGUCGAUUCUUCUUCUCCAUAGCGAGCAACGAAGCAUCUACCACCGACAAGUUCUGCUCGACCAUAGCACGAGACCUCGUGCAUCACAUACGCGAGCUCGCGCCGCAUGUCGCUGGGGCCGUGAAGCAGAACCCGUCUUUCAUGCGAUGUUCUCUUGACGAGCAAUUCGGGAUGCUUGUUACUGGUCCUCUCCGAAAUCGGCAAGGGCGCGUGAUUUUUGUCAUCGACGCUCUUGAUGAAUGCAAGUCUGCAACACAGCGAAAGGAACUCGUCGAAGCUCUCUCUACGGUCGUUCAAAAGAGCAGAAACCUUAGGAUAUUCAUUACAAGCCGGCCAGAUCCCGUCAUACAAGCAGUCCUAGGGCCGCUUUCAAUCAAGGCCAAGUUGGAGGACCGCCUCCACGAUGUCAAUCAUCGCGACAAUAUCGACGACAUUGCGAGCUACGUACAUCAUUCACUAGAUGGAGUCCUUUCGGAAGACAGGAGAGCGAAGAUGGUCAAAAAGGCCAAUGGAUUAUUCAUCUGGGCAAGCACUGCCUGCCGAAUGCUCAAUAGCGUGACCAGCUUGAGCCCGCCUGAGGAUAUAUAUGACAGCUUGAUGUCCAUGGAAGAAGGCGGAGUCAUAGACGACGUAUAUGCUCUCGUCUUCGAGCGUACGGAUCCCAAAUACUCUGCGGUGAUGUGUGCAAUGCUCGCGCUCCUGCUCGCUGCAUUCGAACCUCUCACCAUAGACGAUCUGGAUGAUCUACUGAAGAACUCCAAAGUACGAGGAAGUGCCAAGGCGUUGAUCCAGAAUCUGGGAAGCGUACUUACCACAGAUUCGACUACAAACCUCAUCCAAUUUCGCCAUCCCACUCUCGUUGAGUACCUUCGGCACUGUGUCGGCAGCCCAGCUGCCGAUAGCCGCUAUCAACUACGUCUCAAUAUAGCCAAUGCACAUAGUCAAGCGGCGUCCUGGUGUCUGAAAUAUCUCAAAUCGCCAACGGAAGGUCUCAGGUUCAACAUAUGUCAAAUCGAGUCAUCUUUCCAUCUGAACAGGCAGAUACCUGAUCUUGAGACUCGAGUAUCUAAGUACAUUUCACGACGACUUCGAUAUGCGAGCUCUCAUUGGUUGUUUCAUAUAGCGGACGCUGAGAACAACUCGUGGUCCCCGCUCGAGAACGAACUCCGACACAUCAUCCAAGUUCCAUACGUGUUUUACUGGAUGGAGAUCCUAAGUGUCACCGGCGGAAUCCCACGAGCGAUAGCUGGGCUUCGGGCCAUUACACGCCACACACAACUUGAGGCUAAGACAAAAGGCGAUCUAGAAGAGAUCCGACGGUUUAUCAUGACAUUUUCUGUGGCAAUACAGGACAGCGCCCCACAUAUUUAUGUUUCUGCUCUUCCAUUCGCUCCGAAGAAGUCACUAUUGCACAUUCAGGGCAUCAAGAAGUAUAGCGGCACACUGAGGGUGACCAAAGGGCUUGAGGAAGCGUAUCCUGGGCUCCCCAGUUUUCUUCGGGGGCACGAAGGCGCCGUUUAUGCCGUCGGAUUCUCGCCAGAUGGCUCACGAAUCGUCUCUGGCUCCUCCGACAAGACGCUUCGACUCUGGGAUGUGGACACUGGACAGCCAGUUGGAGAGCCACUUCGAGGUCAUGGAGACUGGGUUCGUGCCGUCGGAUUCUCGCCAGAUGGCUCACGAAUCGUCUCUGGCUCCUCCGACAAGACGCUUCGACUCUGGGAUGUGGACACUGGACAGCCAGUUGGAGAGCCACUUCGAGAUGGCUCACGAAUCGUCUCUGGCUCCUCCGACAAGACGCUUCGACUCUGGGAUGUGGACACUGGACAGCCAGUUGGAGAGCCACUUCGAGGUCAUCAAGGCAGCGUUUUGGCCGUCGGAUUCUCGCCAGAUGGCUCACGAAUCCCAGUUGGAGAGCCACUUCGAGGUCAUCAAGACACCGUUUGGGCCGUCGGAUUCUCGCCAGAUGGCUCACGAAUCGUCUCUGGCUCCUCCGACAAGACGCUUCGACUCUGGGAUGUGGACACUGGACAGCCAGUUGGAGAGCCACUUCGAGGUCAUCAAGGCAUCGUUUUGGCCGUCGGAUUCUCGCCAGAUGGCUCACGAAUCGUCUCUGGCUCCGACGACAACACGCUUCGACUCUGGGAUGUGGACACUGGACAGCCAGUUGGAGAGCCACUUCGAGAUGGCUCACGAAUCGUCUCUGGCUCCUCCGACAAGACGCUUCGACUCUGGGAUGUGGACACUGGACAGCCAGUUGGAGAGCCACUUCGAGGUCAUCAAGGCACCGUUUGGGCCGUCGGAUUCUCGCCAGAUGGCUCACGAAUCGUCUCUGGCUCCUCCGACAAGACGCUUCGACUCUGGGAUGUGGACACUGGACAGCCAGUUGGAGAGCCACUUCGAGGUCAUCAAGACACCGUUUGGGCCGUCGGAUUCUCGCCAGAUGGCUCACGAAUCGUCUCUGGCUCGGACGACAACACGCUUCGACUCUGGGAUGUGGACACUGGACAGCCAGUUGGAGAGCCACUUCGAGGUCAUCAAGGCAUCGUUUUGGCCGUCGGAUUCUCGCCAGAUGGCUCACGAAUCGUCUCUGGCUCGGACGACAACACGCUUCGACUCUGGGAUGUGGACACUGGACAGCCAGUUGGAGAGCCACUUCGAGGUCAUCAAGGCACCGUUUUGGCCGUCGGAUUCUCGCCAGAUGGCUCACGAAUCGUCUCUGGCUCCUCCGACAAGACGCUUCGACUCUGGGAUGUGGACACUGGACAGCCAGUUGGAGAGCCACUUCGAGGUCAUCAAGGCACCGUUUGGGCCGUCGGAUUCUCGCCAGAUGGCUCACGAAUCGUCUCUGGCUCCUCCGACAAGACGCUUCGACUCUGGGAUACCGUUUGGGCCGUCGGAUUCUCGCCAGAUGGCUCACGAAUCGUCUCUGGCUCGGACGACAAGACGCUUCGACUCUGGGAUGUGGACACUGGACAGCCAGUUGGAGAGCCACUUCGAGGUCAUGGAGACCGGGUUCGUGCCGUCGGAUUCUCCCCUGAUGGCUCAGGAGCUGUCUCAGGCUCGUACGAUCGAACAAUUCGAUUGUGGGAUGCAGGGGCAGGUACCAAUGUGGACAAUUUCACGCAGGAUGAUAGGAGCCCGCAUUCACGUUCACAAGAGGAAUUAGAGGCGAUGGCUGGGUUCAAUCUUCCGGUAGUUUUCUGUUCUGGGUCCCGCCAGACAACCGCCAUGGAUUACAACAUCGACGUCUUCUUCUGA